AUGGCCCGAAUGACCCAAAGGUCUCCCACAAGGCCCUACCACUUACAGCACCACCCUGAAGAGCAAGCCUUUAACACAUGGGUCUCUGAAGGACAUUCAGCUUAUACAGGCAAGGAUUUGGAGGAGCAGUUGAGGUCUGUGUCAAGUGUCGAUGAACUAAUGUCUGUACUCUACCCAGAAUAUUGGAAAAUGUACAAGUGUCAGUUAAGGAAAGGAGGCUGGCAAUAUAAUAAAGAACAGCCCAGCUUCAACACAAGGACAGAAGAGUCUAUAAAAUUUGCUGCAGCUCACUAUAAUGCAGAAAUCCUGAAAAGUAUUGAUAACGAAUGGAGAAAAACGCAAUGCAUGCCACGUGAGGUGUGUAUAGAUGUGGGGAAGGAGUUUGGAGCAGCAACAAACACCUUCUUUAAACCUCCAUGUGUGUCCGUCUACAGAUGUGGGGGCUGCUGCAACAGCGAGGGGGUGCAAUGCAUGAACACCAGCAUGGGCUACCUCAGCAAGACGUUGUUUGAAAUUACAGUGCCUCUCUCUCAAGGCCCCAAACCAGUAACAGUCAGUUUUGCCAAUCACACCUCCUGCCGAUGCAUGUCUAAACUGGAUGUUUACAGACAAGUUCACUCAAUUAUUAGACGUUCCCUGCCAGCAGCAUUGCCACAGUGUCAGGCUGCCAACAAGACUUGCCCCACAAAUUACAUGUGGAAUAAUCACAUCUGCAGAUGCCUGGCUCAGCAAGAUUUUAUGUUUUCCUCAAAUGCUGGAGAUAAUGGAUUCCAUGACAUCUGUGGACCGAACAAGGAGCUGGAUGGAGAGACCUGCCAGUGUGUGUGCAGAGGGGGUCUCCGACCUUCCAGUUGUGGACCCCACAAAGAACUAGACACACACUCAUGCCAGUGUGUCUGUAAAAGCAAACUUUUCCCCACCUCUUGCGGAGCCAACAGAGAAUUUGAUGAGAACACAUGCCAAUGUGUGUGCAAAAGAACCUGCCCUAGAAAUCAGCCACUAAAUCCUUUAAAAUGUGCCUGUGAAUGUACAGAAAAUCCACAGAAAUGCUUGUUACAAGGGAAGAAAUUCCAGUAUCAAACAUGCAGUUGUUACAGACGACCCUGUACAAAUCGACUGAGGCAUUGUGAGCAGGGACUUUCAUUUAGUGAAGAAGUGUGUCGCUGUGUCCCUUCAUACUGGAAACGACCACAUGUGAACUAAGAUUGUACUAUUUUCCAGUUCAUCAUUUUUCUACCAUGAAAAACUGUUACCACGUUGGAACUGUCUAUGAACAGAGAGACCAUGGUAACAAAGACAAAAAUCUGUUUUGUUUUUUUUUAACUAUGUGGAUAAUUUUACAGAAAUGGACUGGAGCUCAACUGUAAAAGGCCUCUUUAAAGACUGGUUUUCUGCCAAUGACCAAACAGCUGAGAUUCUGUGAUUUUUUUUUUAAAGAAAGAAUAAUGACUAUAUAAUUUAUUUCCACUAAAGAUAUUGUUUCUGCAUUCAUUUUUAUAGCAAUAACAAUUGGUAAAGCUCACAGUGAUCAAUAUUUU